AAUUUAAAAGGAAAAAACUUUGUGGAUUGGGUGAUGGGAGCAAGUAGGGUAAAAUUGUAAUUUAAGGAGGGUCAGUCCUUGUCCUCCUAAACUGGCACAGUGUGGAGGUAGUUUAGCUUUGGUGUAUCCUCUGGGUGGUUUUGUUUAUAUAGGAGAGGUUUUAACGACACCAAUUAAUCCUUCUAGUAUGCCAUUCUCUUGCUUUCUCUAUAAUAUCAAAUUUCAUUGGUUUCUAUUUGUUUGAUGGGAUUUUCUUUCCGGGAAAAUACAUGGGAAAGUUGUCUUUCAAGGAUUCUCUCAAGGCCCUCGAAGCUGAUAUCCAGCACGCCAAUACUCUUGCUCUAGAUUAUCCAAGGGAGAUUGAUGGUGCUCGUCUUCAGAUGAGAUUAUCCCACAGUCCAGCAGCUCAAUUUCUUCUUUUUCUUGUUCAAUGGGCUGAUUGUCAUCUUGCUGGUGCCCUCGGUUUGCUUAGAAUUCUUGUGUAUGUGACAUAUGCUGAUGGCAAGACAACUAUGUCUGUUUAUGAAAGGAAAGCUAGCAUUAGAGAAUUUUAUGCUGUGAUUUUUCCUUCUCUGUUGCAACUUCAAAGAGGAAUCACUGAUUUGGAAGACAAGAAACAAAAAGAGGUUUGCAAUACCAGGUAUAGGAGAAAGGAUGAAUUGGAGAGGGGCAAACUCUCUCAAAUUGAUUUUGAAAGAGAAGAGGAAUGUGGAAUUUGCAUGGAGAUGAACAGCAAGGUUGUAUUACCCGAUUGCAUUCAUUCUUUGUGUUUGAAAUGCUAUCAGGAUUGGCGUGAGCGGUCUCAAUCGUGUCCCUUUUGCAGAGGUAGUCUUAAAAGGGUCAAUUCUGGUGAUCUCUGGAUCUAUACAGAUAAAUCUGAUACUGUUGAUUUAUCCUUAAUUUCAAGAGAGAAUUGCAAGAGGCUUUUUAUGUACAUCGAUAAAUUGCCUCUCAUUGUUCCAGAUCGUGUAAUUGUUCCUUAUGAUUGUCAUGUUAGGUGAGGGUUUCUAUUCAGAAACUCAGAAUCUUGAGUAUGAUAAUCACAGCUGUAUAUAUUUAAGAGAAAGCUUGAAAAUGUAAAUGCUUUUUUGAUUAUGGAUGAUUGGGCUCAAAGCUAGAGGUUUUAAAAAAUGAACUCAGGUUUUGCUUGGAAA